UAAUACUAUCACCAAAGUGCACCUUGAAAUUGAACCCACAAGUCAAUAUUUACACAUUUAUACAAUGUAAUUAUUAUACAAAUGCAAUUACUACCUUCCUACCAAACUUCUUAGUUCUUACCCUUGUCCACUUUUUAAAUACUCUUUUCAUUUCCACAUUGCACCACACUCUUUUCUCAAACCACCAAUUAAAUAAAAACAAGAUGAGGAGUUUGGUAGUAAUGCUAAUGUUGGUGGUGGUGGUGGUGGCGGCGUUGUCGAUGAGUGCAUGCUUAGGCCAAGAUUACGGCGGCGAUGUAACGACGGCGACACCACCAUCGAAUGGGAAUGGGGAGAUGUCGAGGAAAAGGGCGUUAGUUCCGGCCAUGUUUGUUUUUGGAGACUCGUUAAUUGACAAUGGGAAUAACAAUAAUUUGCCUUCUUUUGCAAAAGCUAAUUAUUAUCCUUAUGGCAUUGACUUUAAUGAUGGUCCUACUGGUCGCUUCUCUAAUGCCUACACCAUUGUUGAUGCUAUCGCGGAGUCACUAGGUCUGCCACUAACCCCAGCAUACUCAGAAGCAAGAGGAGGAGAUCAAAUGCGUUACGGUGUCAAUUAUGCUUCGGCUGCUGCUGGCAUUCUUGAUGCUACUGGCAGGAAUUUUGUUGGACGCAUACCGUUUAAUCAGCAAGUUCGGAACUUUGAGAGCACAUUAGACCAAAUAACAGCUAAUCUUGGGGCAGAUGAAAUGAGUAGAAGUUUGGCACAAUGCUUGUUCUUUGUAGGAAUGGGAAGUAAUGAUUACUUAAACAACUAUCUUAUGCCCAAUUAUCCAACUCGAAAUCAAUACAAUGCCCAGCAAUAUGCAAACCUCUUGGUACAACAAUACACCACUCAGCUCACUAAAUUGUAUAAUCUAGGAGGGAGGAAGUUUGCAAUAGCAGGAUUAGGAAUGAUGGGAUGCAUCCCAAGCCUAUUAGCACAGAGUCCUACUGGGAAUUGCUCUGAAGCUGUGAACCUACUAGUACAACCUUUCAAUGCAAAUGUCAAGACAAUGCUCAACAAUCUCAAUUCCAAACUUCCUGGUUCUAGAUUCAUUUACGUCGAUAUUGCUAACAUGUUCCGUGACAUCCUCGCUCGUCCUGCUGCUUACGGAUUCAAAGUGAUCGACCGUGGAUGUUGCGGGAUCGGGCGAAACCAAGGGCAAAUAACAUGUCUACCAUUCCAAACACCAUGCAUGAACAGAGAAGAAUACGUAUUUUGGGAUGCUUUCCAUCCUACAUCACAUGUCAACGUUAUCUUAGGAAGGAGGGCCUUUAAUGGUGGUAGCGACGUUUCUUACCCCAUGAAUAUUCAACAGCUUGCUACUCUUGAUAUUCAAUCUAACUGAUCGAUCAUAAUACUACCUACCAGUACCUACCUAGCUUCUCUUCCUUCUUACUUAAUUAUCAUAAUACUACCUAUCAUUAGUGUUCUUAAUUAAUUAUUGUGUUUUAAUACUACCUAUCAUUUCUAAUUACCACUGAUUUGUCCUAUAUAUUCUUCUGUUAUUGAUUAUCA